AUGGCUAUUAAUAUUCCAGGUUUUUCCACCGGGAAGUACUACCGUGACUUGAACAACGGAUUAAUAUCUAUGGCUAUUAAUAUUCCAGGUUUUUCCUUCCAUAAAGCUCUUAAGGCAAGGAAAAUGCUAGUUAAGAUCGUUCAAGGUGUCCUGGAUGAAAGGAGAGCAAGGAAUAAGAUUGGUCGUGACCCAAUUAAUGAAAAGAAAGGCGUGAUCGAUCUGUUUAUGGAAGUUGAAGAUGAAAAGGGCCAGAAGUUGGUAGAUGAGGAUAUAGUUAAUCUACUGCUUCUGUUCCUGGUAGCCGGUCAUGAGAGCUCGGCCUCUGCUGUUACGUGGGCAACCAUAUUUCUUCAUGACAAUCCAGACACACUACAAAAAGCUAAGGAAGAGCAGGAGGAAAUUUUAAGGAGAAGACCAUCUGGACAGAAGGGGUUGAAUCUCAAGGAAAUAAGACAAAUGGAAUAUCUUUCAAAGGUGAUUAAGGAGACAUUGAGAAUGAUUAAUCUCCUGUUUGCCAAUUUUCGGGUGGCAAAAGCUGAUGCUAACAUCAAUGGUAUAGUGUUUGAUUCCUAG